ACUCCCCAGGCAGGAUGGGGAUAGGCAGGGGGACCCGAAUACCACUAUGGAUACCCAUACUAAUGAUCAUCUUAAGCCAUCAGAAAGUACAUGCCCAGUUUGGAUAUCAGCAAUCCCAGUAUGAGGACCAGCAAUCCCAGUAUGAGGACCAGAAAUCCCAAUAUGUGGAUCAGCAAUCCCAGUAUGAAGAUCAGCAGUCUCAAUAUGUGGACGAACAACCCUUCCAUUCUGAGGAACAGCAAGUGCAGCAGACACAUGACUAUUUUACCACAUUAGCGCCCUUAAGUCCUGUGAGCAUGAUCCCUGCAUUGAGAACAACAAUGGUUAUCAAGUCUGGAAACUCUGCUCAUAAUCAUAGAGUGUGUAGCACUUGGGGCAAUUUCCACUUCAAGACCUUUGAUGGAGAUAUCUAUCAGUUUCCUGGACUCUGCAAUUAUGUCUUUGCAUCCCACUGCAAAUCCUCUUAUGAAGACUUCAAUGUGCAAAUAAGACACUUGGUGAUUAAGAAUGUUACCGUUAUAAGCCAUGUGGUUUUAAAACUUGAUGGAGUAGCUGUUGAACUGACCACAAAUUCCAUUAUUGUCAAUGGAGAGCCGGUUCAGUUGCCUUACAGCCACUUAGGAAUUCUGAUGGAGAGAAUCUCAGAUUAUCUUAAGAUCCAAGGGAAAUCAGGAAUCACCCUGAUGUGGAAUCAUGGGGACAGCCUUUUGUUGGAACUAAAUGAAAAAUAUGCUAAUCAAACUUGUGGCCUUUGUGGAGAUUUCAAUCAAAUUGCAACCUACAAUGAAUUCAUUUCCAACAAUGUCCAGCUGACUCCUUUGCAGUUUGGAAACAUGCAGAAGAUGGACGGACCCACAGAACAAUGUGAAGAUCCUGUCCCUUUACCUGGAACCCAAUGCAGUCAGGCUACCACUCUGUGCCAAAAUAUACUGACUGGUAAUGCAUUUGAAGCUUGCAAUGCGUUGGUUGAUGUGCAUGACUACAUUGAUGCUUGCAAACAAGACAUAUGCCAAUGUAAUCCAUCUGUGACUGAGGUCUGCAUCUGUAACACCUUUGCUGAGUACUCCAGGCAAUGCUCCCAUGCUGGUGGACAACCACUUGAAUGGCGAACAGAAGAUUUCUGUCCCAAGUCUUGUCCUUUCAACAUGCAGCAUCGAGAAUGUGGAUCCCCUUGUUUUGACACUUGUACCAAUUUUGAGCAGUCCCAGUUAUGUGAAGAUCACUGUAUAGAUGGUUGUUUCUGUCCCCCCGGCACUGUGUUUGAUGACAUUAACAAUUCUGGCUGCAUCCCCAGUUCAGAUUGUUACUGCACUUACAAUGGGGAUUCUUAUGCUCCUGGUACUUCUUUUUCCUCCCAAUGUAUUUCAUGUUCAUGCACUGGGGGACAGUGGACUUGCAUCAGCCUUUCAUGUCCUGGAGUAUGUUCUGUUGAAGGUGGCUCCCAUAUCACCAGUUUUGAUGAGAAACACUAUUCCUUUUUUGGGGACUGUAGCUAUAUGCUCACUAAGCUCUGUGAUAGCAAUACCUUUGCUGUUCUGGGAGAAAUUCAAAAGUGUGGCAUGACAGAAACUGAGACAUGCCUGAAAGGAUUAGCUAUAAGCACUGAUGGAGGACAGACAGUGAUUGUGAUCAAGUCUAAUGGAGCUGUAUAUGUGAAUAUGAUUCUCACUCAGCUGCCUAUCUCAGCAUCCAAUGUCACCAUCUUCAACCCUACCUCAUUCUUCACUGUGGUCGAUACAAAAUUUGGAUUCCAGCUGGUGGUACAAUUUAUCCCUACGAUGCAGCUGUUUAUAUACAUGGACCCAAGCCACAAAGGGCAGACAUGUGGCCUCUGUGGAAAUUUCAAUGGCAUCCAAACAGAUGACUUUAAAGCUAUCAGUGGGGUGACAGAAGGAACCCCUGCUGCCUUUGCUAAUACCUGGAAAACACAGGCAGACUGCCCCAACAUCAAAAAUAUAUUUGAAAACCCCUGUACUCUCAGUAUAGAAAAUGAAAAAUAUGCUUUACACUGGUGCGGAUUGCUGACUGACACAAAGGGACCUUUUCAGAAAUGCCACUCAGUAGUAAACCCAGAUAUUUACCAUACUAACUGCAUGUUUGACACUUGUAACUGUGAAAAGAGUGAAGACUGCAUGUGUGCUGCCCUUUCAGCUUAUGUCAGGGCCUGUGCUGCUAAAGGAGUAUUGCUAAGUGGAUGGAGGACUAUUGUCUGUGCCAAAUUCCAAAUUUGUCCUGAAACCUGGAGCUAUCAUUACAACAUUGGGACCUGUCAAGCCACCUGCAGAGCUCUCAGUGAGGUUGAUGUCACCUGCAAAAUCAAGUUCCCUCCAGUAGAUGGAUGCACCUGUGAAGAAGGGACAUACCUCGAUGACAGUGGCAAAUGCGUGCCUGCUUCUAAGUGCCCUUGUUACCACAAAGGAUCUGCCAUUCCAUCUGGACAGGUGGUUCAUGACAAUGGCAUCAUGUGUACCUGUGUGCAAGGCAAGCUUCAGUGCAUUGGGGUAGUGAAACCACAAACAGAUUGUGUUGCUCCUAUGGUCUACUUCGAUUGUAAUAAUUCCACAGCUAACACUCAUGGGGCUGAGUGUCAGAAGAGCUGCCAGACACUUGAUAUGGGAUGUUAUAGCGCACAGUGUGUCUCUGGUUGUGUAUGUCCUGAUCAGCUAGUCUCUGAUGGUACAGGCAAAUGUAUACCUGCAGAAGAAUGUCCAUGUGUUCACAAUGAAGCCACAUACAAACCAGGAGAAACUAUCAAAGAUAAAUGUAACACUUGCACAUGCAAAAACCGAAAGUGGAUAUGCUCUAAUAAACCUUGCCUGGAAACUUGUUCAGUUUAUGGAGAUGGUCAUUAUAUCACCUUUGACGACAAACGAUACUCCUUCAAUGGAUUGUGUGAAUACACACUGGUCCAGAAUCAGUGUAGUAAAAAUAAGACAAAUGUAGAAACUUUCCGGGUGAUCACAGAGAAUAUCCCCUGCGGUUCUACAGGGACUACCUGCUCAAAAGCCAUUAAGGUGUUCGCUGGGAAGUAUGAGUUACUACUUACAGAUGGAAAAUUUGAGGUGAUACAAAGACUUCCUGGUGGAGACAAAGUGCCGUUCAAGAUUCGAUACAUGGGCAUCUACAUGGUGAUUGAAAUUUUUAACGGAAGCGUGAUCCUGAUAUGGGAUAAAAAAACCAGUGUGUUCAUUAAACUCGAAGCACACUUUAAGGGUGAAGUCUGUGGCCUUUGUGGAAACUAUGAUGGCAAUGACAUCAAUGAUUUCACCACCAGGAGCCAGUCUGUAAUAGGAGAUGUCCUGGAGUUCGGUAACAGCUGGAAAGUUUCUCCUACUUGUCCAGAUGCCUCAGGUAGCAGAGAUCCUUGUACUGCAAAUCCCUAUAGGAGUUCCUGGGCACAGAGGCAGUGUAGCAUCAUUCACAGCAAGACAUUUGCUCUCUGCCAUCCUCAGAUUAAGAUCUCAACUCUCCCAGUUUCAACCACAAGGCCCAUUGUAACAAUGACACCAGAAGUGAUAACCACAACUGUACCUCAAUCCACUUCAAGUAUUGCAUCUUCAACCACCACUAUAGGAAGCAGUACAAGUCAUUGCUUUUGCCAAAUUGGGGAAAAUAUUUAUAUGCCUGGUGAAAUUAUUUAUAAGCAAACUGACAGCGAUGGCUGCCUUUAUUUUGCUAUUUGUGGUAGCACAUGUUCUGUUGAAAGAUACAAAGGGCCAUGUGUAUCAACUACACCCAAACCCACCUCAACUCCCACAAUCACCUCCACCACUCCUACUACCAGUACUGCUGGUACUACUCCACCACCAGGCUGUCCUGAUGCUAUUCCACCCCGGGAGGUGGGUGAGACAUGGAUAGAAAAUUGCACCAAAGCAACUUGUAUAAAAAACAACAGCAUUAUGAUAAGUAAAGUGGAGUGUCCACCGGUACAGACUAUUGUUUGUGAAAAUGGCUACCCACCAGUAAAAGUUUUCUCAAAGGAUGGAUGUUGCUAUCACUAUGAAUGUGAAUGUAUUUGUAGUGGCUGGGGUGAUCCCCACUUUGUCACAUUUGAUGGAGUCUACUACACUUUCUUGGACCAUUGCACUUAUGUAUUGGUGCAGCAAAUUAUACCAAAAUAUGAUAACUUUAAAAUCCUUCUUGGUAAUUACUACUGUGACACAGAAGAUCAACUUUCCUGCCCCCAGUCUAUUAUUAUACACUACAAAUCUUCAGUCAUUGUGUUAACUCGCGAGCAUUUUAAUGGGAUAGAAAUUAACAAGAUCUAUUUCAAUGGAAAACUCAUAACGACAAGUUUCCAGAAAGAUGGCAUUUAUAUCUACACAAUUGGUAUUAAUAUGGUGGUUGAAAUUUCUGAAAUGGAAACCGUUGUCACCUAUAGUGGUACAAUCUUCUCAAUAAAGCUUCCAUUCAGCAAGUUUUACAACAAUACUGAAGGACAAUGUGGUACUUGCACUAACAAUAUAAAAGACGAAUGUCGCUUACCAAAUGGCAAAGUAACAGAUUGCCCUCACAUGGCUCCCCAUUGGAAAGUGCCUGAUCCUAAAAAGGAUUACUGCGUUGGAACAACACCACCUGUACCAACUGAAAUUAUAACACCUGCACCUGAAAUAUGUAGCACAGCUCCUCUCUGUUCCCUUAUUUUGAAUGAGAUCUUCUCUGAGUGCCAUAAGAUCAUACCCCCGGAUCCCUACUUCCAAGGCUGUCUCUUUGAUGCUUGCCAUAUGAAAAAUAUCUCCAUGCAAUGUUCAGGAUUGGAGAUAUAUGCUUCUCUCUGUGCCUCUAAAGGUGUUUGUAUCGAUUGGCGAGGGAAGACCAAUGAUGAAUGUUCCUUUAGCUGCCCUACAGAUAAAGUAUAUGUUCCAUGUGGCCCCAUCAAUCCUCCUACCUGUGAUAACAGUGGUCCUCCACAGACUGGAAUAACAGAAGGUUGCUUCUGUAAAAAUGGAACCAAACUCUUCAGUACCCACAGAGAUAUCUGUGUUUCUGAUUGUGGUUGUACUGGACCAGAUGGUUUACCCAAAGUGCCUGGAGAAACUUGGAUUAGCAACUGCCAGAAAUGUACUUGUGAGGAAUAUUCGCUUAUGGUACAAUGUAUUGAAGAACCGUGUCCUACCAAAGCUACUCCUGUGGAAUGUUCUUUUGAAGGGUUUGUACCCAUGACAAUAUUAACCCCUGAGGAAAAGUGCUGUCCUCAAAAGCAGUGUGUGUGCAACACUUCCCACUGUCCCAGGUCUAGUGACACCUGCCCACUGGGCUAUGAAUUAAAGAAGGAAAACUUGCCAGGAGGCUGCUGCAUUAACACCACUUGUGUGAAAGUACCAGGUUGUGUUGUCAAUGGAACGUUCUACAGUCCUGGGGCAGUCAUACCAGCGGGAUUAUGCGAAUCAUGCAUAUGCUCUGAAAAAGGAGAUCCAGAGAACAAUGUGGAAUGUGUGUUUCAAACAUGUGACCAAAGAUGCCCGCUGGGUCACAAAUAUCAGAAAGUAUCUGGACAAUGCUGUGGCCGAUGUGUUCAGUUUGCUUGUGUUCUGACACUGGAUUCCUACCCGGCCCAAGUGCUCAAGCCAGGAGAAACUUGGUACCCACCAGGAAACAACUGUACUGCAUAUGAAUGUAAUCUUUUUGAGAACCAAUAUAUUCCUGUCUCUAUCAAGAGAGAAUGCCCUCCGUUUGAUCCAAAUUGCCGGCCGGAGGAUGUGCAAUUCACUGAUGAUGGAUGUUGCAAGUGGUGCAAACCUCAACCGCUGAAACUCUGUGGAACAAUGAAUAUCACCAAAACAAUAAAACACAAUGGCUGUGAAUCUUCACCAAUUGAAGUAACAUACUGUAAAGGCCAAUGUGACAGUUUUUCAAUGUAUUCCUAUAAAGCAAACACAAUGAAUCAUACAUGCCACUGUUGUCAAGAGCAAAAAACUACAAAGAAGCAAGUGACCCUGAUUUGCGCCGACGGGUCCACUUUGGAGUAUUCUUACCUCCAUGUUGACGAGUGCGACUGUAUCAAGAGUGAAUGCAACCAUUUGCCCACUUCGACACCAGUUCCGCAAGAAGAGUUCACCUUCCUAUUACAGGAACAGCAGCAGCAACUAGAACAGCAGCAGCAGAAGAAGAAACAGCAAGAAUAAAAGCUGCAGCAGGAAUGAAAGGGACUCUCAGGACCAGUCUUAAACAUUUUCAAAAAGUGGCCCAGAAUUGCAUAAAAGUUAAAAUGUAAUAAAAUGUACACAUUAUGCUCAAGCAACAUUCAACCAAAUAUUUCCUCUGUCUACUCUUCAAGAAAAGGUUUUCUCUUCUGCAUGCCAAGCUUGUUGAAAUGUCCUGACCUUUUCUUGGGUAUAGGCUCAACUGAGACUAUAUGACUGAGUUGGGGGAGGGGGGGAAACCUUGGAAGUGGAGGGAAGAGGGCUUGGUGUCAAUAAUUGGAAUCGGGGGAGGGGGUGAAGAAAUAAAAAGGAUGUAUUGGUUUGGUUUGGGAAUCUUCUCUUGAGAAGUGACAAUUCCUGCAUUAAGUGACAGAUAGUACCAUUUUAUUAAGACUGGUGGAGUUUUUAGCAUUAGCUGACAGAAGCCAGACAAGAUCUGGAAACUGAGUAGGAUUCAUCUCUGUUGCAUGUGACAAGAACAUUGGUUGAUAUUUGCUAAAAUGGCAAGUGCAGCUCUCAGUUCUCUGUCAUAAUUUUUCUUACCGUGUUUCCAAAUUCCUUUUUCUACAAACUUCAUUUUUUUCCACUCUUUCCAAAUAUGAAAAUAAUGAUGUCAGAUUUUUUUGAAGAUUUAGUACUAUUUCAACAAGGGCGGCGGGGGGGUGGGGGAAACAUGAAGUAUGGCUGCUGCUGCUGCUGCAGAAGACUGUUUACAUGAUACCAUCAGCAUAGUAGUUGUAUGAGGAUCUGGAUUAUUUUUAUAAUUGUUUACAGAAUGGACUAAUAUAAAUAUAUGCACACCAAAAGGUCGUUGGAGAAUGUUUGUAAAUCAAAUAAUAUAUAACAAUACUAUAACUUAGAAUUUCUGUUCUGAGUUAGUGAAUUGUUUUCAAACAUCUAAUUACUAUUUAUUUGUUUCCAGAAAAUAGAUUUUCAGGGAUAUUUUCUUUUGAAUAAGGGCUUUACUGUCUGUCAACUAAUGCCUGGUUGAGGGAAAAUUUCAUCUUUUAUACUUAUUAUUUGUUGCUCAACAAAUAACUAGAUGAUUAAUAAAAUUACAGUAUUUUG